AUGGCAAGUGUUAAAAUCAUGAUCGCCGGACUGCUUGAAAAUACAAAAAUUGAAGUUAGACAAAAUGUGCUGCUAAGAAGCCAAUUGAGAGGCUUUCAAUAUAAUUCAGAAGCUGAUUUAGUUGUACUCCAUCACCGUUCUGAAGGAAGAUUGCUACUCACAGACAGGAAUGGCUUUUAUAUGGACUUUUUGGCAAGCGUUUAUAGAUUUAUGGAAGGAAGAGUGCUGAUCUUAAUAACAGAUAUAGAAGAAGACCCACCUGAAGGAGCUUUAGUCUCCUCAGAAAUAUAUGAGCUGUCUAAGUUUGGGGAUCAGCCAACUAUUGGGAUUUUGGGAGAAAUGGGGAAAGUUGUUUGCUAUAAAAAUUCGCCUUCAGAAUAUCAGCUGAGUCAUAUCAAAGAAAGCAUUUUGAGGUCAGCAUUUUAUAGAGAACCUGCGAAUUACUCGAGGUUGCCUGAUAUUUUUCAUCCUACCACAAAUCCAAAUAAGUUUAAGUGUUCAUUACUAUAA